AAUCUUUACAAACAAGACAGAACAAAAGGUUAUUGCUUGUGUUUAUGUGCCUCGAAAGAUUUAACGCGACAAUAUUAAUUUAUAGAAAAUGGGACUGUUGUCGAUAUUGAAAAGGCUUAGGUCUUCGCCUGAUAAGGAGCUCAGGCUGCUGCUGCUAGGCCUAGAUAACGCAGGAAAAACAACGAUCCUGAAAAUUCUGUCUUCUGAAGAUAUCAAUCACGUGACGCCAACCGCUGGUUUUAAUAUAAAAAGUGUGACAUCUGACGGUUUUAAACUUAACGUGUGGGACAUUGGAGGACACAAAAAAAUCCGACCUUACUGGAAAAAUUACUUCGAAAACACCGACGUCUUAAUAUACGUUGUCGACUCAGCGGAUAAGAAAAGAUUAGAAGAAACAGGUUUAGAAUUGUACGAGCUUCUAUCCGAUGACAAACUCCACGACGUCCCGCUAUUAGUUUAUGCCAAUAAGCAGGACCUCACAGAUGCAUUGACAGCGUCCGAAUUGGCCGAAGCAUUAGGGCUUCCUUCUAUUAAGAACAGAGCUUGGCAAAUCCAAGCAUGCACUGCUAAGGAAGGCGUCGGGGUGAAAGAGGGAAUGGAAUGGGUUUGUAAAAAUGCGAAAAGGAAAUAGUAAAUGUGCAAAGUUUUGUUGCUUCCACAUAUCGAUAAAUGUAAUUGAAGGGACCGAUACCUAUAAUAUACGCCACUAUAAUAGGUUUAAUAAUGAAUUAAAUAGAGUUCUCAAUGAAAAAAACUUCCUUAUU